AAAUAAAAAAAAAAAAGUCCAUUCCUGACGAGCGGUACAUUUAAAAGAAUUUAAGAAUGCCCUUCUCUGCUUACUCAUGCUCUUCCUUGACGAUUUUGGGCCAAUUUAAAACCCUGCUAUCAUUUUGAUUUUAUGUUUACAGUUGUUGAUCUGUUUGUUAUCCAGCUAUGGUGUCUCAAAUUGAAUUGGAAAGUUCCGAUUCUCUUCUUAAGUUUAUCCGCGACAACGCACUUUUGGUUUCUCCAGAAGAACAACUGAGGAGAAGGAAUCUCAUUGACAAGCUUAAACAGAUACUGAUGACUUGGAUUAGAAGAGUUGCUUAUCAACGUAGGCUGCCACAAAAUCAGAUUAAAGAUGCUUCAGCAACUCUACUAGUAUAUGGACCGUAUGGCCUUGAUGUUUAUGCUGCGGACUCCAACAUUGAUGCUGUUUGUGUUGUCCCUUGUUUUGCUUCUCUGGCAGAGGAUUUUUUCAUAGUUUUGUACAACAUGCUUGCAGGGAGACCCGAGGUGUCUGGUAUCCACUGUGUCAAGGAAGCCAAGGUUCCGUUGAUGCAGUUUACAUUUGAUGGAAUCUUAAUCGACAUGGCUUUUGCUAAACUUCAAGUUACAGCUGUUCCUGAGAACGUGGAUAUAUCCAACCCCUCGUUCAUAAAGGAUAUUGAUGAAAAUAGCUGGGCGAGUCUUUCUGGAGUACGAGUAAAGAAUAGGAUCCUGCAGACUGUUCCAGAUGUGAAGAUAUUCCAGGAACUAUUACAAUGUGUCAAGUCAUGGGCCAAGAGAAGAGGGGUGUAUAGUGAUUUAUUUGGGCUGUUUGGAGGAAUUGAGUUGGCUGUUUUAGCUGCUUUUGUUUGUAUGAAAAACCCAAGUGACAGUUUGGUCAAUCUGAUCUCAAUCUUCUUUAAGACAUUUGCCUUUUGGCCUUGGCCGGAAGCAGUUGUUGUAGAAGAUGUUGGAGUGCUGCCACCUGGAACGCGAGCAUUGAUGCCUAUUCAGUUGCCAAGCAGUCCGGAUGAGUAUUGCCAUUCAAACAUGACUACUAGUACCUUCAACAAGAUCAGAUCUGAGUUCCGUAGAGGAUAUCGACAAACUCAGGAUCCUUUUAAGCCACAAUUUGAGUGGGGACACCUCUUUGAGCCAUUUCCUUACUCAAAGAGUUACCUGCGCUUCAUAAAAAUAUGUGUUUCAACAUAUAAUAAUGUUGAGCUUGGGACUUGGGUCCACUGGGUGAAAUCACGCUUCCACACUCUUCUUGUUAAGUUGGAGGAGAUGCAUGCUUUAUGUGACCCGAACCCUACAGAAUACAUUGAUGUAAGCAUACAAAUACCCAACAUUGUUUUUUACUGGGGAUUAGUUCCCGGACGGGGGGAUAACUUGGAUCUAAACACCGCGACCAACGACUUCAUGACAAAUCUUAGUAUUGGCUAUCCUAAUAUCCCGGGAAGUCUGUCUCUAGCCCUUGUUCAAGCAUCUCAGCUGCCCAAGAUAAUGCAGCUUGCAACAGAUGAUAUAAAAGCGCAACUAAGGUUGUCAAACUUUAAUUACCAGCAGCAAAUGAUACCUGUUUACUCAACACACUCGCCUCAUUAUCUUGUUGGAUAUUCGGCCACUUGAUGAUGAGUUAAAUUUCUGUUUUUUUUUUUUAAAUGGCCGCACAAUGAAGAUUAAAUUUUGGGUAUAAUGAGGUAGUAGGGAUGGAGGGUAUAUGUAAUUUUAUCCACAGACACUAUCAAUCUCAGUCCAUCUCUUCAAAAUCAGAGUGAUGGUUCUGUUCUGCCUAUUUGAUCCUAUGUGAACUGCUGUAUCCUAAACAUUUGUUAUCUGCUACUCCUCAUACUUUGUUAGUUGCAGUUUUAAACUUUCGGAUU